AUGGCAGAUGAUAUAGCUAAGUUAGAGACAAAUAAUACUCCUGAUGAUGAAAAUGUAUCAUUGAAAUUCAUAGAGGAACAAUUUCCUGAACGUAUUAUAUUCCCAGAAGAGUUAAAUAAAUUCUUGCAGGAUCGCAUUCAACAGGAUUUAACGGCGGAGAAUGAAUGUUUACGACAAGCGUUUGAGCAAGCGGAAGAGAAAUUGCGUAAAUUGUCGCAAGAAAAAUUGAAUUCGCAAAAUACAGUAGAGAAGUCAACCGAAUCGACUAGAAUAAAGUUGAUCGAACUUGGCAAAAAAUAUAGAAAUCAAACCGCCGAAGUAGAAACUCUAAAAACAAAAUGUAAGAAUUUAGAAGCCACUCUGAUUAUCAAAAAUGAAGAGCUGGAGCGUCAAAAAACGGAAUUACAACAAAUUCUCAAAUCUGAAGCACGCAAGAAUUUCAGCGAUAAAGAUGAAAAUCAAGAUAACAUAGGGGAAAAAGAUGCGAGAAAUAAUUCAUCAACUAAAGAUGAUGAACGAAUUAAAUGUUUGAAAAAUAAGCUGCAACGAGCUCAAACAAAACUUUGUGAAUCUAAAAACACAUGUGCUACUCUUCGACAAGAGAUUAAUAAAGCACAGAAGUUAUUGUACAGCGAAUUGGGCGAAAAUGUCAACAUCAAUACACUUUCGAGUGUACCAGGUAAUUGGCGUGGACGAGCCGAGCAAAUUCGAAAUCUACAACAGAAAGUAGCAGAACUGCAAAUCAGAUUAUCUGAACACGAGAAAUCGCAAAAAGAAUCUUCCGAUCGACAAAAUUUGGCAAAUCUCCGAAUCGCUGAAAAGGAAAGACGACAACAUAUCGAAAAUACAGCGAAACAACUUAGACAAGCAGAAGUAGCGUUGGAAACUUCGAAGAGGAAACUUGAUGCUUCCAAAGCGAGAAUAAAGGUAUUGGAACACGAAUUAAAUAUUGCAAAAGGAAACAUUGCGAUGCUGAACGAAAAGAGAUCUCACGAUGAUCGUCUGAUCGAUGCGCUUAACGAACGAUUGAAAAUUGUCGAGGCAAGAUAUCAAGAGCGCGAAAUAGAAGUACAGAAUAAGGAACAUAAAAUCGAACGUGAGAAUGUGAAUAUCAAGAACGAAUUGCGAGCAACACAAUUGCACAUCGAUCAGUUAUGUAGAAGAUUAGAGGAACGCGAAAUCGAGAUCGACAAGUUAAAAAAUGGUGUCAUAUCGGAUGAAUCUUUGAAGUGUCGAACCCCGCUUCGUUCAGAUUCUCGGCCAAAAGAAGGACGUCAAAUCAGUCCACUUACUAGUCCACGAGGUUUAGGCGAACCAAACGAAUAUGUAACCUUGACUUUAGCUGCCGAAGCCGAAAGGGUGAGAUUAUUAGAACUAGUAACUGUGCUUAAUCAACGAUUGGAUAAGGAAAGAAACGAAGCAAAUGCACUUAUAGAAUUGCUGCAAAAGGAAAAAAGUAAAUGCGCGAAAUUAGAGUUAAAGUUGCGGAAUUUAGAAAAAGAAAGAGUAGGACUUGCUAAGGUGGAUUCCGGAUAUAGAGCAAAAUCUUAUACAAAAAUGUCGAAUCUGAAAUCGGAAGAAGAAACCAAUUCUGAAGAAGUUCGUUUCAAAAUUGAAUUAUUAGAAGAGGAGUGUCUCGCCCUGAAGGCGAGAUUAGAUACUGUACAACAGGACAAAAUUUCGGAUCUGGCCAUGUACAAACGAAUGCUCGAUCAAGCUCGAAAAACGUUCAAAGAUGCGUGCAGGAACAAACCGGUCGCCGGUGGAAGUCGUUCUACAAUAACUAUUUGAAGAAGAAAAAGGGAAAGAAAAAGAAAUAGGAAGAAACGAGCCAGUAUUAGGAAAAUAAAUUUCGAGCUUCAACCACAGGCAGAUCUAUUUUUUGGGGAAAAAGAAUAACUCUGUAUUAUGAGUAAAAUAAAACAUUCUUACACAUGGCAAACGGGACAGACGCUUGCGAUUGGAAUAGAUGUAGUAGCAACAAAGCCGCGACGCGUGGUGAUGUAACUAGGACACGAGAUAAGGUGCAACACCUCCACGUAAACCCGCGUGACACCAUCGGAACAAAACUCACAGUUUCGUUUCUACCUCACGUCUCUCCAUCCCAUUUGAUGUUUACCUCAACCAAUUCGUUUACUCGCCAUUGAUAUCGCGACGGCCGUAAAUUCAUCCUACUUCUCGUUACUCAAGAGUAAGACGCGAGACGACUCUCAAUCUUAUGCUCGAAUCUAGUUGGGAGUUUGAAAGUUUCUGGCAAUGCGUCGUCAAGAGCGUUUAAAUAAAAUUAUACAUCACGGGGCGAUA